AUUUUUGGAGCCUGAGCGUGAGAAAGGACAGGGGCUGGUGCUUACAUGGCCUUGAUGAUUGGACAUGUUAUACUGACAUAAGCUCUUAGUGUCAGGCUUUAUACAUCUGUUGGGUGUGUCAAGCCUACAGAGUGCAAAGAGAAAAACAGAACAGAAAUUAAACUCAUUUUCUUCUAACUCCCUUCUUCCUGGCAGGCAUUCCCAGAUGUUUCUGUGUGCUCCCAGGGCUUGGGUUCACUUGGGGCAUCAUGAUGGUGAUAAACACCUCCACGGAAAGCGGACCUUAAAGAGAAUCAAAAGCCCUGAACACAAGCCGUAGUGUUUCCUACCAUUGGUGUGUGCAGAGCCAUCUGUAGCAUGAAGGGGAAUUGCACUCUCACUUUGAAGUCAGCCUGUACAUUCUGAACUUCUGCAGAUCCCAACAGCACAGGGUUUAUUUAUGGAGCUUGCUACCCAACACCCCCCUGCCCAGGUCCACAUUUAUCCUGAUGGAGAAAUAAGAUGUAUAGCCAGGUAGUAACAUGGAUCCUACCCUGUGGAGCAGUGUGCAGGUUUUGCCCUUUCAGCAGAACAAGGAAUACAGAAUGCUGGGCUUGCCUCCUGCUAUUGCCUGCAGAUGUAGUUGGCCUUUGGUGUUGUUAUGACAGGAGAGGGCCCUUCCCACUGCCAGCUGGCCAACAGGGCCAUGGCAUGACAAGUGACAAGUGGGGACAGGCUGGGAAACACUUGCUUCCUCCAGACCCAGCAGCCCCCAGGUGAGGUGGAGAUGUCUGCUCUGCUGUGGGUGACACCAAGGACCCAUGUGCCUGCGAGCAGUGCAGCACUCAGGAGGGAUCUGUAGUUCCUGGUCGUAAAGAAAAGGCAGUUCCAUGCUUUGCUUGCUCUUUCAGUAAUGGAUAUAGCAGCUUUCCCUGUAAAAAUGGUUAAUUCUCAUCCUUAUGGCAGCUACUUAAGCCUCUCUGUAAACCUCAUGAAUUGUUCCACAGAUGAAGAGCUCCUAGAGGUGUCCAAUUCUCUUGGUGUCCUCUGGGAAGGAAAAGGCAAACACACCACAUGCCUCAUAAACACAUUCCUCCUGGCUGGCCUGAGUGAGGACAGACCACAGAGAAAGGAACUCGGCUGGACUCGCCCCUGCCUGUGCUAACCUUCCGCUGCAAUAAGAUGAUCCCCCGUGUACUCGGAGCUGGUGAGGCCUCACCUCAAAACCUGUGUUCAGUUUUGGGCCCCUCACUACAAGAAAGACAUUGAGGUGCUGGGGAGAGUUCAGAGAAGGGUGACGAAGCUGGUGAGGGGUCUGGAGCACAAGUCUGAUGAGCAGCAGCUGAGAGAACUGGGGCUGUUUAGCCUGGAGAAAAGGAGGCUGAGAGGAGACCUUAUCGCUGUCUGCAACUACCUGAAAGGAGGUUGUAGCAUGGAGGGUGUUGGUCUCUUCUCCCAAGUAGCAAGAGAUGGGACAAGAGGAAAUGGCUUCAAGUUGCAUGAGUGGAAGUUUAGUUUGGAUAUUAGGGAAAAUUUCUUCAUGGAAAGGCUUGUGAAGCACUGCAACAGUGGUUGAAUCACCAUCCCUGGAGGUGUUUAAAAAAAACAUGUAGAUGAGGUUCUUAGGGACAUUGUUUAGUGCCAGUGUUAGGUUAAUGGUUGGAUUCGAUGAUCUUGAGGGUCUCUUCCAACCAAAAUGAUUCUAUGAUUUCUUUCAAAAGAAGAUUUGUUUCAAAAGAUUUGUUUCAGACCACAGAGGUUGAGGCAACUCAGGACUGGUGGCAAUGGUGAGGGGGAAUGCCAGCUCCUGCUGCUGUCCCUGUGCAAAGCAGGCAGAAAACUACAAACAGGAGAGCCCAGGGAGCUGAUGAUCCCCAGCAAGGCAUGGCUGGAGAGCCUCCAUACACACCUGAUUUGCAGCCCUGCAGCCUCACCUGCCAAAACUGAUUGGCUCCCUCAUCUCUUAAAGGGGCUUGUUAGGUCAGGUGGGUGAGGUUUGUUUCUCUUGUGUGUAGUCCAGCUCAGGCUUGGUUUGAGUGCUUUCCCUGGACUAUGGUGGGAGUAGGGCUUCUUGUGCUGCUGGUGCCCCUUCUUGUUCUAUGUGACACAGGCCAGCUGAAGGGUGUGGAGGAAGAGCUGCUGUCCUCUUCCCAGCAGAGGAGACAGAAGCUUGAUGCUAACCCUUUCCUGAAACCACCCAGCCUGGAGAAGCAGACCUCUGGUAUGAGCUGUUGCAAUCGAGUUCAUCCCAUCAACCUGAAGAGCACAAAUGACGCUCUGCCACUGGGAUUCUUCUCUCAAAUCCUUGGUGGGAGAGAGUCGGUGCCUGGAGGGCAGCCCUGGCAGGUGUCCCUCAGGCUGGGCCUUUUCCCUUUCUGUAGUGGUAGUUUGGUCCAAGAAGAUGUGAUUAUUACCACCACUCACUGUGUGGUCAGCCUGCAGCAGAAACUCCUGAAGAGCCUGGUGGUGACAGAAGAGGAGUGUCACCUCCAGUGGGAUGGCAGGCAGGAGCAGAACAUCCCUGUCUUGUAUGUCAUUACCCAGCCCACAUUCAACCAGCUGCACUACAUGGUCUGUGACAUGGCCCUGCAGCACCAAGUCCGCUAUGGGGACAAGGUUUGGCCCCCCUGCCUCAUCCACAAGGAUGAAGACUUCCAGGCUGGGACACUGUGUGGCUGGGGCAAGGUAUCUGAGGAGGGCAAACCAAUGCAUUACCUGACUAGCUGGGUGCCUGUGCUUGGUGAUCCCAAACUGCCUCAAAACCAGGAGCUGGAGUUGCCCCUCACCCACAGUCAGACCUUCAGCAUGCUGCUGAGAGGUAUCAACCUGCUGCUGGUGUGGGGCUUCAUGCUGUUUUUCCUGAUGGUGGGAGGGAUGUGUGGUAACAGCUUGUCUGCCCUGGCUCCCACUGGGCAAAGCAAGCCAGGUUGUGUUGGCUUCUGUGUUAAAGCUGGUAAGUCAUGCAACACUGCCAAAGGUUGGUGCUGCUGGUACAGGAACAAAUGGCACCUUUCUCCUUGGACAGGCUGGGGAGAGGGUGACUCCAGAGCCCCCCUUGCGUGUCUGAGCACCUGGACUCUGGCUGGUGUGGUAUCCUGGGAGACUGGUUGUGUCAGAGGAUAGGAUAGGCUGCCCAGGGAGGGAAGCGCCAUGGCCCAGGGCUCUCCAGGCAUCUUCUCCUGGGUGGCUGCAUUCAUGGACUUCAUUGCCCAGCACAUGGCACUAGCUAGGUGUGAGUACUGGGAGGCUUUUUCCUCGCCUAGUGCAGUUCCCAAUGUGUCCUUGCUCUUUGGAGAAAGUGGCCAUAUUCAGUAUACGCAGGCUUUGGAGGAUAACUAUCCUGACAACAGCCUGUGCACCUGGAAUACAACAGUUCCAGAGGACAAAAUCAUCCUGAUACACUUCACCAAAUUAUAUGUGGAGUACCCUGUUGGAUGUGACUGGUCCCUCUAUUCAAACAGAAGAAAGCUGAUCAGUAAAUUCUGCAUGAAUGUGUUCCCAGCCCCUCUGCUGGCAGAGUUGGACCAGGUCACCAUUAUUUUUGUUUCUGAUGGGAGCAACACCAGCUGUGGCUUCAAGCUCACUUCUGUGGCCACCCAUAAGGACUCUGAAGCAGGUUGGGGCUGUGGGAGUGUUGCAAUGCUAGUGGAAGAGGGGAAGAUUGAUACUGCUAAUUACCCUGGCUUGUAUCCCAGGAACACAAAGUGCCACUGGCUCAUUGAGGCUCCAGCAGAGUAUGUGGUAUAGCUGAAGUUUGAAGACUUUGUGUAACUUAGUCCAAGCUGCAUUUAUGAUGCAGUUACUCUUCACGGUGAUGAAGAAGAAAACCGGCUGGCUAAUCUCUGUGGAUUCUCGACUCCCAAAUCAUUGCUGAGUCCAGGGAACACCAUGCUGGUACAUUUUGAGAGAGAUAGUGAGAACAGCUUCAGAAGGUUCAGAGCCCGGCUUGCUUUUGUUCAUUCAGAGUUAACUCUUAUUUCCUCUCUUGUAAUGGAGGCAGGAAGAGAAGAUUCAGGAUUAACUACUACACUGAUGUUGCCUCUGAAAGAUGUCCCCUUAGACACCUGUGGCCUUCCCCCAUUUACCUUCCAGUGGUUGUUCAAGCAUGUUAGUGGGACUGAGAACACCUGCCCUCACUGUUGGCCAUGGCAUGCUGCCCUGAAGCUCCUUGGAGACCACCAGUGUCAUCACCCUAUAUAGCUGCUGAAAGCCACACGCUCUGUGUAGCUAUCCAAUAUACUCUUGCACUGGACUGUGACAGCAGAAGAACAUGACAGAGCCAUGAGAGAGUCAACAGAACAGGUAAAAACCAUGGAUGGUGACUCCACCAUGUCCCUCGGCAGCCUGUUCCAAUGCCUGGCAACCCUUUCUGUGAAGGAAUUUUUCCAAGUGUCCAAUCUAAACUUCCCCUGGUCCUCCAUGCUGAGCUAUGACUCUGGCAUUGCCCUUGUGCACUGAGACACCCCUCUAGAAUACAACACACUGAGCCCAGUGUGUCUGCCCAACAGCGGAAACACAUUAUCUUCCUCUUCACUGUGUCUAACUAACCUUGAAUUUAUUUCCCAAGCAGAUGGGAGCCCAGCUAGGCAGUUGCAGCAACAAGUACCUGUACUUGAGAAUGAAAUCUAUGAGAGAAAUUACUUUCAUUUACCUGGAAGGAUCACAGCCAGGAUAUUCUGUGCUGGCUUUGUUUCUGUGGGAGGCCAGGACUCCUAUAACUGUGAAUCCUUUACUUUUGGUUCCUGGGGUGGUUCUGGUUGUCCUUUGGCUUGCAGCAAGGAAAAUGAACUAUUCACGCUUUUCAAUCUGAAGAAACCAGUGGUCUGUUCAAGGGAGAAGAUUUUCCUAGACUGGAUAAGACUGAUGAUAAAAGGAUAUUCAGACUUCCAGCACGUUCGUACACAUUCAUCAACAGAAUGUGCAUCAGGUGUGGAGUUAGAAGAGCCCCGGGGAUUUAUCUCCAUUCCCUCCUCAUCAGCAUAGGUGGGAAGCACAGAGUGCUCUUGGAUACUGAAGGGCAUGGCAAGUAUUAUAGUAAAGCAUCUGUCAAUAACAUCAUCACUGAACUGCCAAGAAGAGUUUCUUGGGAUUUAUGAAGAGAGCCAGCAAGGAAGAUUAGUGCUAGGCAGCUUCUUGUUCAAAGUCAACCUCCCUUCCUCCAUACACUCAGAGACAUCGAAUACCUAUCAGUGGAGACUGAGUAAUGGCAGUGUUGAAUACCUGAUGCUCAGGGUCCAAGGACAAAAACUUGGCAGUGCCUUAAAAAAUCCCAAGGAGAUGAGCUCAGAGUUGUCACAAUGCACGGAUGUCAUCCUUACAAAUUGGGAAGCGAACAUCCAGUCACCAGGUUACCCCAUGAGACGUGCAAAUGCUGCCAGCCACCAUUGGAGAAUUGUAGCCCCAUUAAAAUCCAUUAUUCCUGAAGUCCUGGACAUCUGGACAGAAAGAAAUCUGUCUAAUUUUCUUGGCCAGUUGAUGGAGUAUAAAGGAUUUGGACUAACCAAAGAGUUGAUAGGCAACUUCUGCGAUGAUGCUUCCACCUAUCCCAUAAAAUCUCAAGGUUCAGCGGUGACAGUGACCUUCCUUUCCAGGGCUGAAGUAGCCAUGAAAGGCUCUCUCUUGACUUACGCUACUCAGGAAACAGUGUCUGGUCUGGAACCUGGAAAUAUGAAGGCUGCUGACAAAGAAAAGACUGAGUGCCCAGGCUUUGAUCUAAUCCCAGUUGGAGCCACUGAAAUAACAUCCCCUGGCAUUUACCCUGAAAUGCUGAACCGCACUGGGACAAUUUAUUCUACUUCAGGAAAUAAGCUGAAGGCCAUGCUUAAAGAUUUUGUAACUGAGGAUGCAAGGGUUUGCAUUUGGGAUCAUCCGAGUGUUUAUGGUGGACCACAUCUCUCUUCAAGGCCUCUGGGAGCAAUCUUAUGUGGCCAGAAAAUGUCUCUUAGCAUGUUCUCCAGCAGCAGCUUCCUGACCCUGCCUUUUAAAACUGAUGAAUCUGUGGGAUACAGAGGCUUCAAAAUCCUUCUUGAAGAGUUGUAUCAGCAGCCAACACAAAGUGAACUGGAAGGAAGCAGCCUAUACUCAUCCUCUGUAUCACUAAUUUCUGAGGAAAGUAAGUACUGUUCACUUCUGGUUUCAUUUUUGUCCUUUCUCUUGUUAACACCCCUUGUGAUUGGUGAAAGCUGCUGGUGGUGGGAUACAGGUUACUUACACACUGUUAAAUUUGCUAUUACUGGAGACAUCUUGGAACACUUUAGUGAACUAAUUCUGGAAAAUGGAGACUUACUAAUCUCCAUGUGGGAAGCCCAGGAUGGACGAAAGUGGUUGGUCAACACUCAUGUCCUGGUCCUGACUGGCCAGCCUGUAGUCUGGGAGUCACACUUCUGUUGAGGCUUUCUAAUUGAUGAAAAAUGGGUCCUGACAGCUACAGACAGAAUAGUUCUGGGGAAAAAUACUUUUCCAAAGAUGAAGGAUGACAACCCCGUGCUUGUGGAAGCCAUACACAGUAACUUUGGUAGGUUUGCUUCCAGAAAUGUUUUGGCACUCCUGGAGCUGCAGAAACCCAUUGAGCCAGAUACUGCCUGGAGCCCCAUUGUAUUCAGCUUUACUGGGGUUAAUGAUUAUAGUAGUCCUGCAGCAAAAACUCUGCUCACCAGGCAGCGGGAGGAAGGAAGCACUGCCGCAAGGUGCUGAACAGUGGGAUGGGGAGACAUGGGAGCUGGCAAGGAAGAAUUGGCUGCCAAACUCCAACAAGCAGAGAUGUCUCUCCUCUCCCACGAGGCCUAUGCAAACUACAGGAGACAAAAUAUUGAAGAGACCAACAUCUGUGGGAGAGCUGCGAGGGCAGCCUUUGGCAUGAGUGACUCUGGGUGGCCACUGAUUUGUGGGAUUGGCAGGUGUUAUAAGCAGGUUGGCAUUGCAAACUGGGGCAGCAGCAGGUGCCAUCCUGAGUCACCAAGAGUCUGCACCAGGGUUUCUGCCCACAGACACCAGAUUUCAUCAGUUCCAAACCAAAAGAUCUGCUUUACUUGAAGAGGAGCUUUUCAGGUUUUUCUGUAUUUUUCCUAAUUUAAAAGAUUGUAGUGUAUACUGGGUAAAUGUGAUUCAGGUCACCUUCCUGUAGACCCUUCCUCUUUGGAAGUUCAAACUUGAAAACUCAGUUUCAGAAACCCUCUUUUUACUGCAGCAAAGCUUGUGGUGAUGUAGCAUUGCUAUGUAUUAAAUUCCUGAAAGGUGCCUAGGAAAUACUAUCCUUUGGUAUUUGGGUGCAUGUUUAGUGUCAAGUCCUUUACACAGCUAGUACUCAUCUGUCAAAAUAAAAUUGGUACUCCCUGUUCCUCUCAGAUAACCUGAUUUACCAAGGCAAGUAGUUGCUCCAGCAGCAGGGAUAGCUAAGAUGGACAGCAGCAGUGUUAUUUCACUGAAAAGGAAGUGAUCCGGAAUUUAGUGUGAUGGCUCACCCAUUCUAAAUGUAUGUUUAGGUUUCAGAGAGAUUUAUCUAUGCCAAGCUCUUAGCCUUGUUUCUCAUAUUAGAAAGGCCACACUGAUGUGAUUUCAUUUGCCAGAAGCUUGCUUUUUUGUUUGAAAGCGAAGGGUUUUAUAUGUAUUUUCUUGCAGGAGGGAAAGGUCAUGUCUGACUUAUCUAAAGCUUCCUAUGAGCUGGUAGCUAAAAACUAGACUUGGAGCAAAGUGUAUUUGUGAAGAAGGAUUUUAGUGCUCAGCCCCAUCAGCAUGUAUCAGUGAAUUACAAGCCAGGAAACUUCUGCCUCCGUCUAUCUCCUCUGGUUUCAGCACUAUUGUGCACUGCACAUGUAUCUGUCCUUUAAACUGAAGACAGCAGUCUCUUUUCCAUCUCUGUGCUGUACAUAGCAGUCCACUUAAACAUGGAAAUACAAACACAAGAGUGUUUGCAAUGAGACAACUACAUGGCUGUUAUCUGGCCAAGUGACCUUGACAACCACAAUGGCUGAAGAACUACAGCCUGCCCUUACACCAGGUCAUUCGGGUACAAUAGUUCAAUAAAUCAAAAGUUAAACACAUGAUCUGUUGACUAACCAAAUACUAGUCUCUCUGUAGCUUAAAAGAAACCCCCCUCUCUCCUAUUUCCACCCCAUGCUGCUUUGAGAAAGAAAACCGCAUAUUCUAGCCCAAUUCAGAAAACAUCAGUCAAUCUUUACAAAAAUAAUAGUUCCUCUGAACUAGCAGAGCUGUAAAUUGCAGUAUUUUGUCAGGCUGCUGUUGCUGAUGACUGACUUGUCGUGUUAUAACUGACUUAAAAAAACUGCUCUGCCAUCAUAACAGCAAAAAUCUUGUGGGUUUUGGCUCGAAGAUGUGAUUUCCGCAGUGUGUCUUCAGCUGUGCAAAUAGAGCAGCUUAGGGUUUGUAAUUCAGUGCCGUAUC